GCUCCCUUAGACUACACGGAUAGAACUUCAUCGCAGUUUGAAGGUCGGUGUGCAUUCAUCGGAUCUCCUCUCCAAUCUCGGCUAUCAUACUCGAUACCGAGACAGGGCGGAGGGGUUUGCUCAAUAUCUCGGCCAUUCUCAUCUGUCCCUCCGGCCUAGUCCUCGAUUACCUGUCGAGAUCUCGAGUUGUAUUGUAUGAUAUACUAAUUGGGAGAUAUCUGUAAAUGUCGUCGACAACUCUGAGGAGGCGGCUCCACCACCGGGACCUUGAUGGCAAGCGGAACGAGCGUUACGAGGUCAAUCAGUCCAUGAGUUCCGACGACGAUUUGGGCGAGCCCUUACUCGGUCCUCAUAACAGAUAUGACCAUUCCGAGGGAUGUACACUGGCUGAGAUAUUGGAUGAAGGUCGAGCUCAAGAACGCCUCCACUGGACUCUGCUCUUUUCUCAUUUAAUUGCUCAGUGGGCACAGUGGUUAGCAAAUAUUGUCUUGGGCUCUGGGUCAUUUAUAGGACGGUUCUUGCCUUUUUUGCCUUUGUUAACCCAAAGUGGAUCUACAACAAAGCUUCUACCUCCACCACUCAACCCUUUGCAGGAGGCAAGGCUAAAACAUCUGAAGCUAAGAGUUGCAGUUCCUUUUGAUGGUUCUUCUGUCCAGCAUCAAGAUGCACUCAAACAGCUGUGGUUGUUAGCUUACCCAAAUAGGGAGUUUCCAUCCCUUAAAUCAGAACUUUGGAAAGAUAUGGGCUGGCAAGGAUGUGAUCCUUCAACAGACUUCAGGGGUGGAGGAUACGUAUCACUGGAGAAUCUGAUUUAUUUUGCCAAGGAAUAUCCGAAAUCUUUCCAGAACUUGUUGAACAAACAAAAUGGGGAAAGAUCUGAGUGGGAGUAUCCCUUUGCUGUAGCUGGCAUCAAUAUUUCUUUUAUGUUGGUGCAGAUGUUGGAUCUUCAAUCGGGGAAACCAAGUACACUGGCAGCUAUCCACUUUCUAGACUUAUUAAGCGAAGAUGAUAGGGCUUUUGAUGACCUCUUUUGCAUUGCCUUUGAAAUGCUAGAUGCACAGUGGCUUGCAAAGCGGGCAUCAUACAUGGAGUUUAAUGAUGUUCUAAAGUCUACCAGAACCCAGCUAGAGCGUGAGCUUGCACUCGAAGACAUAUCUAGCGUAAAGGAUUUGCCUGCAUACAAUCUAUUAGCAAGAUGAUUCAGAUUCAAGCUUAGUUUUCUAAGGCGCUAUGAUUACAAUGUACACCAUGUAAUUACUUGCUGUAUAUUGAUUCAAAUUUGUGCCCUUGAAACAGGUAGCAAAAGGGAGAGAAAUUACAAUAAAACUAAUUCGAGUAUACAGAAUCGUGUACCAACAUUGUUAGUUUAUGAAAAGGGUCAUCUUACCACCAUUCCUACCUCAA